CCACGUGCUUUCCUUUUUGCAUCACCACAUGAACUUAAGUCUUUCCGCGGCCGGACACCACCCCGGCCGCCCACGUUUCCUCGCUGUUCCGACUUGGACGGUCGGGCGAGAACUACCUCCCACCCCUAGUGUACGCCCGAUGUGCCCGAAACUGACGACCGUCGGACGCCACUGCUUUUAAUCGGGAACAAAUAUGGGCAGCUGGACCAACGUCGUGCGCGAUCCACCACAGUUCCCGGCGACGGCACCCGGAGCAGCGGGACCGCUCGUCAACGGCAAGGCGCUCGCGGCUGCCAUGCCGGUGCUGGCCCCGGCCACCAACGGCAAGCCGGCGUUCGGCAACGCCACGUCUCCCCCGCCUUCGAGGCUGGUCGUCGACGUCCGCGGACUGCGCGUCUCCUACGGACGCGGCAAGAGCGCCGUCGAGACACUCAGGGGCAUCGACCUCAGCCUGCCCGAGGGCAAAAUAUACGGACUCCUGGGACCGAGUGGCUGCGGCAAGACCACCCUCCUGCGAUGCAUUGUGGGUCGGCUAAAGCCCUGGCAUGGCAGCGUCCACGUGUUCGGCCACAAGCCGGGCCAGCCGGGCAGCUACAUCCCGGGCCCCGGCGUGGGCUACAUGCCGCAGGAGCUGACACUCUACCCGGAGUUCUCGAUAAUCGAGACGCUCACGUACUUCGGCCGGCUCUUCAGGAUAGAGAGCGACGUGCUCCAGGAGCGCACCUCGUUCCUUGUGCGCUUCCUGGGCUUACCCGAGAAGACCCGCCUGGUGAAGAACCUGAGCGGUGGACAGAAACGACGCGUCAGCCUUGCGGCCGCCUUGAUUCACCGGCCGCCGCUGCUCAUUCUGGACGAGCCGACGGUCGGCGUGGAUCCUCUGCUGCGCCAGAGCAUCUGGCACUACCUGGUCACUUUGACGCACCGCGAGUCCAUCAGCGUCAUCAUCACGACCCACUACAUCGAGGAGGCCCGGCUAGCCAACCUCGUAGGCCUGAUGCGCCAGGGUCGAAUCCUGGCACAGGCGGUGCCCGACGACCUGAUGAAGCAACACGGCAUGCUAACGCUCGAGGACGUCUUCCUCAAGCUGUGCAUGGCCGACAACCACCACAACCACAACGGCGGUCACAACGUCGGUGGCACUGUCCAGCCACAGCAGGCUGAGAACGGCGACAUCGUUGUCCCGGCGCCGCCUGCCGUCGAGGCUGCCAACGGCAAGGCACUGGGGAGCCUCGCUGCAAGCAAGGAGACCCUGGCCGCCAAUUCCAUGACCCACCUGGUGCGACGCAACAGCGCCAGCGUAGAACAGCUACCCGCGAUGACGGCGCAGGAAUUGAGCGACAAGCAUGCCGUGCGCAAGAAGGAGCCCUUCCUGGACGCCUGGUACAGGACGUGGGCGCUCGUAGCCAAGUCCCUCACCAGGCUGCACCGAAAUUUGCCGGUGCUACUGUUCACAUUCCUUGUGCCGUCGAUACAAGUGGUGCUUUUCUGCCUGUGCAUCGGGUCUGACCCGUUCGAGCUGCAAGUGGCCGUCGUCAACCAGGAGACACAUCCGCUCCUGUCGGUGGCCUUCCUGCAGCGGAUAGACAACACCACGCUAAGUCAGAUUCCGUACUCGGACCUGGACUCGGCGUUGGACUCGGUGCGGAAGGGAAGUUCAUGGGGCGUCAUCGCCAUCGGGGCCAACUUUUCGGCGGCGCUGCACUACCGCUUCUUCCUGGGAGUGAACGCCGACAACCGCACCAUCGAGGACAGCAGCAUCAAUGUCUACCUGGACAUGACAAACCAACAGAUCGGGUACACACUGCAGAAGACAAUCUUCGAGGCGUUCAGCUCGUUCUCGGCAGACAUCCUAAAGAGGAUGAACAAGAACCCUGCUCUCGCCCAACUGCCAGUCGUGAUCAAAGCCCCCAUCUACGGCGUGGACAAGCCUAGCUUCACAGAAUUCAUGGCUCCUGGAAUCAUCAUCAGCAUCACUUACAUCAUGGCCGUAGGCCUCACAGCCAUUUCCAUCGUGUCCGAGCAAAAGGAGGGUCUUCUUGAGAGAAGCUGGGUGGCCGGCGUACGGCCGUUCGAGGUGAUCCUGUCGCACGUGAUCUGCCAGUUCCUGGUGAUGUUCGUGCAAGUGGCCGGCCUGCUGGUCUUCACCUUCAUCGUGUUCGAGAUACCGUCGCGGGGCCCCUUCGUGUGGGUCGUGCUCCUGACACUGCUGCAGGGCUGCUGCGGCAUGAUCUACGGCCUCGUCAUCUCCUCCAUGUGCGUCGAGGAGAACUCGGCCAUCAUGCUCGCCCUCGGCUCCUUCUACCCGAACCUGCUGCUCAGCGGUGUGGUGUGGCCGACGCAGGCGAUGCCAUACUACAUGCGCUACCUGAGCUACGGCCUGCCGCAGACCAUCCCGACCGAGUCGCUGCGCUGCAUCCUGUCUCGCGGCUGGGGCAUCACUCACACCGAGGUCUGGCUCGGCUUCGUCGUCUCGGGCGCCUGGUGCGCCGUCUUCCUCGUCUUUGCCGCGGUCGCUUUCCGCCUGCGAAGCUAGCCUCCACCCCGUGCAACUGACGCACCACUCUUGUACAUAGACGCGCGCUCUCUCUUAAACCACGCUAUUAAAAAUGACGCUGCGCGAUCACG